CAAGGCUCACCAGUCUCCGAGGCGACGACCGGUCGAUUGGCUGCCUCUCGAGACCACCAGAAAGUGCUGCUUGCCCCUGCCUCGGCCGCCCCCUCGUCGACCCUCCUCGGCUGCUCCUCUGCGUCAUCCUCAUCCUCCUCCGCCCUCGAAACUCAUCCCUCCCUCUCCUCCUCCUCUUCUUCCUCCUCAUCAUCUUCAUCCUCAUCUUCAUCAUCUGCUUCGUCUGUCGUUGUCUCUUCCGCCUCUCUUGCUGUUGCUGCGGCUGCAGCCGCAGUGACCGUUGUUGCCGCCUCAUUAGCCUCGCAGUCGCCUUUUGGAAUACUCUCCAGGCAGCAGGCACCUGCGGUCCAACUGCCUCUGCAUCUGGUAAACGCAGGAUAUGCUCAACACGCCACAACGACGCCAAGUCAACACUAUCAUGGACACAACACCAGACCAUACCCCGGAAAUCAGGUAGGCUAG